GCGGCGCGCGACACAUCGUGUAGUGUACAUGCACGCACACCAAAAUAACACGCGUGCAAUGAAAGGAUGCUCUAAUUGGAUUAAAGCAAUGCGUUUUCGUUAGCGUUUGCUCGCGAAAUAGAGAAAUACAAUGGAGCGUAACGGUUUGCGUUUUGCAUUCAAUAUCGGAAUACUGUUAUUGUUUUAUUUAAACGUGAUUGACAGCGAUAAACCCGAGGAUACCCUCGAGGCACGAUUCCCUGACAAGGCCUUUCCAUCAGGUAUGAUGAUUUACAACAAGACGAUAGAAUGCAGUGUGGAUCAUCAACCAGGGCAGUUCCCAGCUCAAACAUGGACCUGCAAGGACAUGAGGGUAGGAGGGCUGCGCCUCGCGUAUGGAUACAACGAAGCCAUUCUCAAGGACAACGAUAAGUGCAAGGAGACGGGAGGACGAAACGAGCUGGCUGAGAUAUGUCGACAGAUGAUGGAUAGGAUAGGCUCAAAGAAAGAACUCUGGGCAGCUUUUGUCACAAACGCCACCUGUGGUCGACUGGAUGAGAAGCGUUUCCUGCUCAAUAUGACCGGGGUGAACCAGUACUCGUGGGACCAGAUGAAUCCGGGAUAUGGUUGGAUAUACACGCUCCGGUGCAUGGCUGUUAAAUAGAGGCAUGUUGUGACACCACAAAAAAUAAUCUAAACUAUUGGGCAAAACUGUCAUGUGCAUGUGAAAGUAACCAGCUCAAACCUACAUGUAUGUGAAAUAGAGGUUACUUUGGCAUUUAUGUUUAAUAGAAUACAGAACUAACCCGUCUGUGUGAAAUAGAAGCUCAAACUAAAACGUAUGUGAGUAAGAGGCCAAACUGACAAGAAUGUGAGAUCAAAAUGACAUACAUGUGAAAUAGAGGCUGAACUGACAUAAAUGUGACAGAGGUCAAAAGUAGCACAUGUAUGUGAAAUAGCAGCAGUGUCUAUAAAGUGCAAAAUGGCCAUGGGUGUAAAAUAGAGACUGAAACUUGAAUUUGUGCAAUAUAGACCUACAUGUAUGUUUACAUAUUUGUUAAAAGGUGGAAAAGUGCUUUAUACAAAGUAAGGAUAUAUAUCUUUUAAUAUAAUUAUAGCCUACAAUAAGUGUUUAAAAGAGGCCUGAAGCAAUAUAAAACAGA